AUGCAUCGCUUCGUGCAGGAGGAGCUCCAAGCGACGCUGGACGUGGAACACGUCGAGCGCUUCGGACAGGCUCGAUUCUUCUUCUCGGCAAGCAUCCAUCCCAUCGAGCGCUUCUUCAGGCUCCGCUCACCGGAGAAGCUCUACGCCGUGGUGCUGCGGCAGAACGCCUUGGAGCUGCCGCCGUGGCCGGACGAGCGGGAGGCGGCUGAGGAGCAGCUGGCGCGGCAGGUGGCCUCGCGCGGUGCCUGGACCGACGCGCUGCGUGCGUGGCAGCGCUUUGGACGAGAGGGCGUGCAAAGCUUCCGCGUCACCGCGAAGCGCGCGGGGAAGCUGGCCGCGCAUUUGAGUUCCAACGGCAUCGCCGAGUUCGUGGGUGAGGCGCUGGCCGAAGCCAUGGGCUGGACCGUGGACUUGCACGACUACGACCUCGAGGUCAUGAUCCACCUUAACGAUGAGCACUUGAUUGCGUGUUUGCCUUUGCUGGAGCGGAGCUGUCAACAGGCUCAACUGCCUUUCCCUGGCCUCUCCCAGCCGGUAGCUUGGGCCAUGGCCAGGACCGUUGAACCCUCUCCUGGGGACUUGGUGCUUGAUCCGAUGUGUGGCUCUGGCAUCCUUUUGCUGGAGGCAGCACAGUGCUGGCCUGGCGCCUUCUAUUUGGGCUUGGACGACGAUCCGAAGCAGCUGGAGCGCUCUCGGAAGAAUUCCGCGGUCCUGGAGGCGGCUCCAUGUGCUUCGCUGUCCUUCGGCCGGAGCGACGCCCGACGGCUGCCGCUCAAGAGCUCUUCCGUCGACGCAGUGCUUUGCGACCUCCCCUUCGGCAAGCAGUACGGCAGCGAAGAGGGUUGGGCGCCCCGCCCGACUCGUCUGAGGACCCUCCAUCCGUUCAGUUCCGGGUGA